AUGCAGCGCCUACCCAAGCUCUGGAUAUUCUUAUCCCUCGUCGCGUUCUAUGGCCUGCGCCAUAUCCCCAUUUUCGCGGGUCUCAGCCCCGCCGCCUACUUCCUGUCGGCUGGCGGGAGGGAGGCUAGGCAUUGCUAUGCGCGCGUGAGGACAAACUCUGAGGGUGAAGAGGGCGUGAACACCUGCUUCUCCGUAAAGAAGGGCAUUGUUACAAAGAUCUGGAAUGAUACACCUGAAUCUGGUGCGACACAUCACACAGGAUAUGCGUACCCGGGUCUGUGGGACGGGCACGGGCAUGUGCUGCAGUACGGGGAGAUGCUGCAUAGUGUCAAGUUAUAUGGUGCCGAAAGCAUUGAUGAGGUAAAAAUAAGGAUCAAGAAGUAUCUCAAGGCGCAACUCGAUAACGACUAUGGAACUCCCGAGAAGUGGAUUAGAGGAAUUGGGUGGGAUCAGGCAAAUUUUGGAGGCGCAAUGCCAACUGCUAAAGACCUUGAAGAUGACCCGGAAUUGAAGGGGAAAUACAUCAUGCUUGAUCGUGUAGACGUUCAUUGCACCUGGGUUUCUGAGGCUGUACUCAAACUUCUGCCAAACCCGCUCCCAUAUGUCCCUGGCGGCGACAUUACAACCGAUCCAGGCCCAGGCGUGUUCUGUGAUAACGCAAUGGACCUUCCGCUUGGUCAAUGGCCCAAGCCCACUGUAGAAGACAAGAUGGAAUACCUUGUUGGUGCCAUGAAGUCCUUGCACUCUUAUGGGAUCGUAGGUGUUCAUGAUGCUGGUGUUGUGCCAGAGGAUAUUGAACUGUAUGAUGAAUUGGCCGAUUUGGGUCUCAUGACUCUGAGGAUCUAUGCAAUGAUCGAGUGUCCUGUCCGCAACACCUUCUGCGGGAAGCAAGUGAGGAAGAUCAAACGCCACGAUGGAGUAUUGAGUGUCCGCUCAGUCAAGCUCUUUGCUGACGGCGCACUCGGAUCCUGGGGCGCCGCCCUUCUCGAGCCCUACAGCGACAAGCCCGAAACCAGCGGCACCAUGCUAAUUGAAGAACACGACCUCGAGAAAGUCGUCAAAAAGUGGUACGCCCACGACUACCAAGUCAACAUCCACGCCAUUGGCGACCGCGCCUGCCACGCCGCCAUCCGCGCCUUCUCACUCGUCCUCGCUUCCUCCUGCCCGCACGCCAACCUCGUCUCCUCACCCGAGAUCCUCCUUACCACACAAACCGCCUGCAUGGCGCAAACGCAAAAGAACCACCGCCGCCUCCGCAUCGAACACUCCCAGAUCAUCGCGCCCGCCGACCAAGCGCUCAUGCGCGAACUCGGCAUCAUAGCGAGCAUCCAGCCAACCCACGCAACCAGCGACGCUGCAUACGCGCUCGAUCGGCUCGGCGUGCAGCGCCUAAACGAGAGUGCGUAUCGCAUGCGCACGUUUAAGGAGCGCGGUAUCCCGAUGGUGUUUGGCAGCGAUUUUCCGGUUGAGCCGCCGAGUCCGUGGGAGGGGAUUUAUGCGGCGACGACUAGGCGGUCGCCAGCUGCGUCAGGGACAUGGAGGGAUGGAGGCUGGUAUGAGGAGGAGACGGUAGACGUUGGGAGUGCCUUUGAGGGAUUUACAAGGGGGCCCGCGUUUGCGAGUUUUAUGGAGAAGCAUGGCGCUGGGGAGAUUAAGGUUGGUGGGUGGGCAGAUUGGGUUGUGAUGGAGAAAGAUGUCGUUGUCGAGGCGGAGGGGGAUCCGGAGGCGUUGAGGGGUGAGGGGUUGUCGGGGGUGAGGGUUAAGGAGACGUGGGUUGCGGGACGGAAGGUGUGGAGUGAGGAGAAUGAGCACAGGGGUGUGGGGUGGUUUGGGUGGGCGAGGAGGGUGGAGAGGGUGAUGGGGGAGGUGGAGAGAGUCUUGGGUCAGCAGGGUCUGUGA